GAGAGCAGUGAGUCAGUGGUGCGCGGGCCUUUGUGGCGCGAGGACGUGCGCUAUGUUGAUAUUCCGCUAUGUAAACGCGCGUGCUCGUUCGUUUACCUCGUGUGAGUGCGUGUAAUAACAGAAAAACUAAUUUCAUCUCGACUGUUCCUCGAUAAUCGGACUUGGUCUAUCCUUCUACAUGCUGCUGGACUAAUUUUAGUUAUCUUUUUUUUCUUUAAUUUUCAUUUAGUUUCGCUGAUGUUCUCGAGCUUAUUGGGAAGAGUUGGUGCAAGAUUGGCAACGUUUCUUCAUUUGGCGACGGACCAACAAGCAAGAUCCACCGAUGGCCAUCUAGUAGCCGAAUCUCACCACAUUCUCAUAAAUACGCGUUGAAGCACCGAUUCACCAGGUUGGAGGGAAGCUGCUGCCACGUCGUCACGAAGCUGCAAAGAAACGUAACGGCCGUAGAGACAUCGAGGGUGGCUCGCGUGCCAAGAAGAUGCGACUGUUCGCGUGGCCUGGCAGCGUGACUCGCGGCGGACUCAUAAACGAUGAAUUGGCGGGCAGCGAUGUUGGCUCAGCCGAGAAACGCGGCAGCAGCAGGAGCAGCAGCGGAGGAGGCAGCAGCCACGGCAGCCAGCGAACCGGCAGAUUGGACGCGCGAUCGGGCGAACGGCACACCAUCGGCUGGGCAUGUACGUCAUCUACCCGGCAGACGAGCUGUUGCGUAUCUAUGAGAACCCAGACCGUGAUCCUAGUCCAGUGUUGACCGGAGAUCGUGGGCCGAGUUGUCAGGUGACCGUAAUCGCUGUUAACGAGAGAAACGACCGCUCACUAGCAGCGAGUUGGCUGGAUAGCUCGAAGAAGUGGAAGGAAAGGAGAAGGGAACGAGGAAAGACACGUAGAAGAAAAGCGAGCCGUAACGAGGCUCCGCGUAGCCACGAGGUCGCGAAGGGUACUCGUCGCGAACAACACGCCAGGACUAUGCAAAACAGUCGCGUUGGCGCCGGCGAGGAUGCCGCCAAUCCUUUCAAGGAUCUCACACAACCGGGGCUCAGCGAGCCGCUCAAGCAGCACAAUGCCGCCGCGCUCAAGCUCGUGCAGACCGUGUCAGAGUUCGCGCAGGAGCUGGGCGCGGCAAUGGAAAGCCACUCGGCAACUGUACGACGUCUCGUCGACGAGUUUCGCAGCCGAUCCGGAGACACCAGAGUUGAUUCCGGUGGAAUGCGUCGAGUUUGGGAAAGUUUACUGCGCCAGGUGCAAUCAGAUGCAGAAGCUCACUUAGAUCUGGCCGCGGUUCUCCAACAGCAGCUGUCUAGACCCACCUUGGAGGCCAGCUUCCACCGAAAACUCCAAUCCAGGAAGGUGUUUGCUCAUCGCGAGGCCUACGAGCAGGUGGUGGCGAAGACCGAGGAGAAGCUGCAACGUGCCCGCGCGGAUUACAAACGCGCCUACGCCUCUCUCUUAAUGAUAGAUGGCGGGAGUGAGCAGGAACUGAAACGUGCCUAUUACGAGGCGCACAAUGCGUACGUUCUUCAAUUGAAAGCCACGAAUGCCAUCACGGAACGGUACCAGUCACAGUGCCUGCCUGGUCUGCUCGGUGAAAUAGCGGAAGUAUACGAGGAGUUAUGCGGAUUGGCUUGCAAAUGCGUGGCUGGAAUAUCGGAGGCAGCCGCGGAGAGGGCUGGGGAUCAGGCGAAACGUUAUCAAGCGGUGGCAAAGGAGGCUCAAGUCAUAACACCGUUAAACGAUUUGCAAAUUCUGGCACGGAGCCUAUCAGCCACCGCGACUCCAUCGAAGAAGCCCUCCAGGCGGCUGUUCGUGGCGCCAGGUCCGCCAGAACAAAUACCCAUGGAAAGAAUCAGUCAAAUACCGUCGCUGAGGGAUGAACUAGCACCAACAGGAACCAGCACUCUGCCCCUGAUGGAGGAUUUACGACGAGAGCACGAUAGCCUAGCUCAAGAGAUCACGCGACUCCAGGACGCCUUGGAUACGUUGAUCCGCAUGCAACGAAAGAGCGCUGAAAGCAAUCUUUACACAAAAGUAGCCGAGCUCCAGGAAGACAUCUCUAUGAAGCGUUUCGAGCUAGGGGAAGCACAACUAUACCUCGCAGCCGUGCAAGCACAGAAGGAGCUGUUCGGGGCUGGAGAAGCCGGCCAACCGGAUGGGGUGAGCAGCCGGAAGAUGUCGAAUGGCUCGACCGGAAGUACCAAGCACAAAUGGUUGAAAGCGUUCAAGAGUUUGAAAACCAGCUCCCCGACGACUCCGCCAUCAACCGACAAAGGGAAACAGGCGAUGUACCAUGCUGUUUCUACGGUCGUCGCCAUGUCUAGGAAAAGUUUGGAGUCCGAGGGAGGCCACUCUUGGCGCGAGUACACUUAUCGAAAAAUCACUCCCUGCGAUGCGUGUGGCCAGGUGUUACGUGGCCAUAGUCGCCAGGGCGUCAGGUGUCGUGGCUGCAAAGCAAACGCUCACACCGACUGCAUCAAUCUGGUGCAGCCCGUCAUGUGUCCCAGCCUGGCGCCUAAAAAGAGUGGAGGGAUUCCCCUUCUUCGUCGACAGAAGACUCAGACUCAAGUGGACGACACCGCGGCCGCAGAGUACAACGUGGACGCCAUAUACCAGGUGCUGAAGCAGGCAGGCGAGAUCCGUGGAAACUCGACAAACUCACCACCUACGCCUCCCACAGCAGAUCAUCCUCCAGCACCUUCGUCAGCGAGGGCUUCCUCCCACCCUUGUUCCUCGUCCACCUCUGAGUUUUUAUCGUUUACGUACAGGUUGUGUCAAAAAAGACCGCGUCGUAAAGCGCCGCAUAGUCCACAACGUAGACGCGAGAGACUGAACCUAAGGAUGAAGAGUCUCAGCUUGGAUUCUCCGGAGGGCACCGCUCACGUUCGACAUCGUCCACGUGAUUACUAUACCGGCGGCCAAAGAGAGUCCACGCCACCCAGACAUUCUGACAGUGGAAGCAUCAACAGAUUAUCGCCAUGUAGUCCAGGCCAGGGUCACAGCGUCCACAAGCACAUUAGGGGGGCCAUCAGGAUGUCCAGCAUGGAGCUCCCAGAUGAAAAUGAAAAAUCGUACUCAUCGGCGAGCACCUCUCCUUGCCCCUCGCCGCACACUAACAAUCAGAAUCACGUGAAUCCACCUGGAAAACGUGUUCUACCCCCUAAUAAUUUAUAUGUGGUGCUGUACAACUUCGAGGCGCGACAUCGGGACGAGUUGGACUUGAAAGCUGGCUACAAAGUGACAGUAAUUGAUAAAUCAGAGAAGGACUGGUGGAAAGGGAAGUGUUUGGGCGGCCGAGUGGGUUACUUCCCCAGUGCAUACGUUAUGCGAGUGGAGUCUGGGCAGAAGACGCUUCAGGUCACUCGCAACUUACAAUUAACUGACCAGAUUACCCUACUACGUGACCAGAUCGUGAUUCAGGUUGGCGAGGAGGUAGAUGGCGUAGCGAUGGUUCGUUGCGCCGCAGACGUGAGAUCGGCGGACCACACGGGCAAAGAGGGCGAGGUGCUAUACAGGGAAACUCUGUGCCCCUUAAAGUAUCUUCAGGAGGUGUGACAACAACCUCGCCAACCAGGCGAGCGCCAGAAUCGCGCGAACCUUCGCGAGCGAUUCUCCGCUUCAGCACGACGUAACGCGGUCGAGAAAUACUACGAUUGCCUACAGUGUGCCGAACAGUGUCGCCACGUGACCACUGUUGCCAACAACAACAAUCCCAGCAUCACUGCGAUCAACAACAAUAA